AUGGACGAUCCAGCAGCCCGUAUCCCGCCGCAGCUGAUUCCGCACAUGCAUCUUGUGUCGCGGAACCGGUACCCCAACAUGCACAUGAUGCCGACCGAGACGGCUGUGGAAUACCUCCUCAGCGCGCCUCGGGUCUGCCAGACGCAACCAAUGCACUGGACCUUCUUGGAUGGCCCACAAGAUGGUACCGUGAUGAUGACCUGGCAACCACUUGCACACUUGGGGAAUAGCUUCGCGAGCGACGGUUACGUCUGGGCCGAUGCGGAGCAGGCUUUCACCUUUGAAGCCCGAGGAUAUACCGUGGAGAUGUUCCUUCACCGCAGCGGUUAUCAUCCUCCAAACGAAAACGUGGCCAGCCACUGUCGCAAGCGCUAUCGCAUUGUCUCCUCUAAAAUCCCGAAUGCCCCCCAGCCCGAUCCCUCACUGUGGAUCGUCCACUACUCUCGCGCGCCUCAGCAAGAUCAUAUCCCCGCCACCCGUAUCCCCGUUACGCCGCAAGUACAGAGUAUGAUGAGCCAGCGACGCUACUUGCAGAGUCAAGGCCAACUCGCUCGCAAAGAAUUCCUCCUCCAUGACCGCAACAAUUGGCCCACGAUUAGCUUCCCACCUCAGAUGGCUCCCCAGGGAUUCACCCAACCACAGCCCGCCGCAUACGCGAAUGCGCAACCUGGACGGCCCGGUUUCUACCCACCCCAGGCACACCCAGGUGCAGUACCACCCGCCCCCACUCAGGGUAAGGCGCAGCGCGGACACCGUGCUCCAUCAGCAGCGAUUGCAGCGGCAGCUGCUGAUUUCGCUCUCGAGGAUGAGGAUGUUUCAAGUGGUGAUGUGAUGGAUCUCUUGACUCCCCGCGAGGUGAGCAAGAUGCGAUAUGUCCAGCACCACGAAUGGAUGGAAGAGAUCUUCGCAUCCCAUUACGCCAUUUCGCAGAUUACGCCGGUCUCCCUCGGUCUCGGCCGCAAGGGUGAGCUCGAGUCGUUGACAGCGGGAUUCUUUGAUGCCCCAGCAGGCGCAGAAAGUCAAGAGAACCAGGCCCCGAAUGCUACUAAGCUGGAGCCUGCCAAGGCAGAGGAGUUUGCCGAUCGUGUCGCAAAGAAAGUUGCCGAUAUGACCGCUGAGAUUGAGAAGCUCAAGAAGCAACACGCCCGCCGGAUGGAACGAUUCAACCGAAGCUCACUUUUCAAGGAUGCCGAGUUGCGCCUUCGUGAUGCCGCCGCCGAUCCUUCAGCGACCGGAACUGAGGUUUGGCGUUUGGAGGGCCGCAUCGUCGUUCCCAACGAGGAGGGCGAAACCCCACAGCUGGACUACUUGGAAGAGAAGGCCAAAUAUAAGGUGAACGAUGUGGUUCGUGAUGUUGAGACUGCCUGGAAGAAACAGAUCGUUCCGGAGCCUAAGGUUUCGUGCGUCGAGAAGGGCGGUUUGUUGGAAAAGAUCGAGCCCGAGCAGAAAGAAGAACCCGAGUCAUUCACAAAUGAUAUGGUGAUUGAUCAGGCCGAUUCUCACCUUCUGAACCAGUUCGGUGGCCCUGGCGGUAAUGGCGCAGCCCCCACACAACCCGGCGCUGAUAUCUCCGGGGAUGUGGACAUGGACAUGGGCAAUCAGCUCGGAGGCGGCGGUACCGCCGGCGAAACUGGCGACUGGGUGAUGGUCAAUAAUGAAAACAAAGACGGCAACGCAGCAUCCGGGGCCGGCGAGGGCAAUCUUGAGAGCGCCAACUUUGAUGACUUCACCAACAUUGACAGUGCCGGUGACGCUCUAGCGGCAUACACGGAGCAGAACGAUGGACUCGAUUUGCCCGACCUGGACAACUCCGCGUUUGGCGAUGCCUUCCAUGCCUCGGACAACGAGCACUCACACAACCCGGACGCGGACGACAUGUCCUAG